AAUGGAGAAGUCAAAGUAGAAAGAUGGAGGUGGGAAGCUUUUAGCCUUUAGCCACACAAACACAGCCGGUGUUUCCUUGUUUAAAAUUCCCGAAGGUGAAGCUUUACUAUGGAACAGAGUGGUCAAGCGAACAUGGAUCCCGACCACAUGUAAACCGGCAGGUUUCGGUGAGAAAAUUGUGGUAAUAAGUCGGCUCUUCCUGUAGACAUGAGCGGAGCUUGCGUCCUCCUGCAGUUGUGGACUAUUACCUCCUCCAACCGGAGACACUAGCGGUCACCACACCCGUGGCCACACCCCUCCGAUUUUUAGGUACCAUAUAAUCUCACUAAAACACUAGUAACACAAUAGGCGGAUAAGGGAUUUUCCAGAAUUAUCCUAGUAAGUGUCUAAUAACAUCUGAAUCGCUCUCACUGCCCUUGCCUUUUUUUCUUCUUCUAGUCCUUCACUCUCAAUAUCUUCAUCCACGAAUCUUUCAUCCUCGCUCAAAUUAAUGGGGAAAUCGUCGUUUUCUCUGUCCGAAUCGUUUUAGCUGCUGGUGGCCAUGAAUGUAAACGAUAUUCAGAUGUGAGGAGCUCCACAACCCGUGACGUCACGCGCACAUCGUCUGCUACUUCCGGCACAAGCGAGGCUUUUUUAUUAGGGACCAAAAGUUGCAAACUUUAUCGUUGAUGUUCUCUACUAAAUCGUUUCAGCAAAAAUAUGGCAAUAUCGCGAAAUGAUCAAGUAUGACACAUAGAAUGGACCGGCUAUCCCCGUUUAAAUAAGAAAAUCUCAUUUCAGUAGGCCUUUAACAUGGGCUCCAAAGCAGCCAAUGAGGGAACGCCUUUACGUGGCGAUGACCCCGCCCAUCUGUAUGAAACAACCAAUCAGCGUCGCUGUGGCUUUUUAAACGCCACCACGUUUCCAGCAUCCAGUAGUUAGUGUGUGCUGCCGUCUUUAACAAUAAACUAGCGACGAGCGCGACAUUUAAUUAACCGCCACUCGCACCGGAAAUGCAUUCAUGAAACUGAAAUGGCAAAAGGGAAAAAACACGAGGAAAGGACGGACAACAAAGUUGAAAACACCCCUGAACGAAAGACCACUGCGGACGACGUAAAGGAAAACCUGCCCGCUGCUUACAAGAAGGAUUGCACCAGAAAAGCACAAUCUGCCUUCCCAAGUGUACACAGUCCCAGCAAGUCCAGAUCGCCUCUGAGUGACACGUCAAGCAUGUUGAUUCCGGAAGGCAACGAAUCAGCCGCCAAUCAUGCGGAUGCUGCAUCCAAAGUGAGCAAAGACAUCCCUAAUGAGAUACACUCCGAUGUAUGUAAACCCAAAGUGGGCGGGGCCGAGCGGGACAGUCACAAUUACAAGACGAAAGAAGACAUUGCACAUCAACCCCAACAAAAGGAGUCGCCGGCGCACUCAAACAUGGUGCCUGCAGAGGACCGCAAAGUGUCUGCGGCAAAAUCCCGAAGUAGAAACCCUCGCAGAGUCAAAGGAAAAAAGACGGAGAAUAAUGCCACCCAAAACAGGAAGGUGACAGAAUUCUUUCCCAUCAGGAGAAGUCAUAGAAAAACUAAAGGAGAGCUAAAGAACGAGGAGCACAAGCACAUAGACGACCUCAUAAAGAACGGCGUGGAGGAGGGAAUGCAGGUGCGAGUGAUCGAGGGCAAAGGUAGAGGGGUGUUUGCGACCCAGGGCUUCGCAAAGGGCGACUUUGUAGUAGAGUACUAUGGUGACCUGCUGGAACUGGCCGAGGCCAAACUGCGAGAGGCCCGCUACGCCCAGGACCCUCAAACAGGCUGCUACAUGUACUACUUCCAGUACAACACAAAAACAUACUGCGUGGACGCCACGGUAGAGACCAGCCGCCUGGGGAGGCUGAUCAACCACAGCAAGGCAGGCAACUGCCAGACCAAGCUGCACGCCAUCGACGGCGUCCCCCACCUCAUCCUGGUGGCAUCCAAAGACAUCCAGGCCAAAGAGGAGCUGCUGUACGAUUAUGGCGACCGCAGCAAAGCGUCCAUCUUGGCUCACCCAUGGCUCAAGCACUGAAAAUGCUGUUCAUGGAUUUGAACUGGUGCUUUUUUUUUUUUUUUUUAUGUAAAAAAAAAAAAGAAAAAUUAUGAAUUCAUCCUUCCAUUUUGAAAGAUAUAGUUUUUAAACAUGCUCUUGGAAUGUGCUUUUUUUCACAUCCUCUAAUCAUGCUUUUUUUCUGCGUAUCAAACUGUAGCUUGAAAUGUUGCCUAUUGGCUAACAUGUCCAUUCCUAACUUAUUAAUAACUGUGCUGUACAUCGAAGAAUAAAACAUAAGGAGCUGAUAUGUGCUCGGUUUGUGUACAUUUGAGGAUAUUAAAUGAUCUCCAUACACAGUG